GCACGUUUGACAGAGGGGGCGCGGCCUGCGGAAUGUAUUGAAGGGCAGUGGAACCGCAACAUCAAACAGUCCUAAGGAAGACGUGGAGAAAUAGCGGAGCUGUAACAUUAAAGGAGGAACAGUUUAACGCAGUGAAGUCCAUCAGUGCGGAGUCCUUGAAGAUAUAUAUAGAAAGUUUGGGAACCAUGGCUUUGGACGGAUGUGGACAGGUGUGCAAAUUCACGCUCAUCAUUUUCAACAUAUUGUUUGUGCUGGCUGGUCUUGCAAUGCUUUGUGGGGGUUUAUAUCUGAGGUUCAGUGCUGAAGGACCGUACAACCUGGAUUUAAAAACGAACCACUUCAUUUUUGUGGUAUCAGUGCUGAUAGUGUUUGGAGCUGUGCUUCUGUUCGCUGCAUGUGCCGGAGAUUAUGGCUCCUGCAGUGAAAAUAAAUCAGCACUGGGUGUGUACACCAGCCUACUGACCAUUCUAGCUACACUGGCUAUCGUUGCUGGUGUCUUGUCCUUUACUAACAUCAGAGAGUUUUCUAACCACAUAGGUGAAUUUUACGCUACUAUUUACGCCCAGUAUCUGAUUAAGAAAGACUGGAUCCGCUCCAUCAUCCUCAAACUGUUCCAUAACACUUUUGACUGCUGUGGAUUAGGAGGCACUGUGCAGACAAUCCUGCAGGAGACUGAUACCUGUCCUCAGAGGUACUCACUGCUGGGAAUAUCCAUAUCCACCUCCACUAGCUGCAUGACUGCAAUCCUGGCUGACUUGCAGGCAUCCUCCGUUCUGGGAGUAUUUCUGGGUAUUGCUGGUGCCAUGAUUGUGACUGUAGCGUGCGCUUCUGUCAUCUGGCACCAGUCCUCUCGCUCUGCCUCUUCGCCUCCCCCCUACAUCAUUCUAUCUUCCUCCAUUCCUCUCACUCCCUCCCCUUGUCACUCCUCUUCUUCCCCUCUCACUGACACUGCUGAAGAUGUCUGACUUGCUCGAUCUUUCCAACCUAAAGCCACUGUCCUGCUCAAUUGUUUAAUCUACCCUCUGUCCACCUCAGUCUUUGCUUUUAUUGUGCUAGUGACAUCAUCCCUGUGGAACACUGGACUUGUCGUACGCUGUGUCUGAAUAGUUCCUAUCUGAAAUUAGACACAGCCGUAGAACCGCACUGUUCUCUCUCUCUUUUAUACCACUUAACCUUGAACUAAUAACAAACUACUAAAACAAAACCUUGAACGUUGACAAGAAAUUACUAAAACCUCUUUAACCAAAAAAGUACUAAUACGCUUUUAACUUUAGCAUGUAUUCCCCCCGCCAGGAGGUCCACUUCGAACUUUUGUAGGGCUCAAAUAAAAUUGCUCUCAGUGAAUCGGCUGAGUAAUUAAUUGGCAAUUUAAAUGAUAAAGGAGGUUUCUCCAGUUUUAUUAUUCUCUUUAUGAGGAUUCUUCACAAUGAUGAAUUAUUAGCGCUCAAGGCACUUUUAUAUGCAUCACUGAAUUUUUACAAUCUGCACAUGUAUAAAAUAAAUGUAAAUGCUUGCUGUUACACAUUGCAUAUAUAGGACAGUAAAAUUAACUUUUUUUUUAAUAGGACUAGACUGAACAUCUCCAAAAAUACUCAUUUAAGUAAAAUGGCAAAAUACAAAGAAUAUUCCACUUGAAUGCCUGUUACAAAUAUCAGAAGUUUAAAAUGUCUGUUUUUAUUUAGAGGUGGCCUGAGCAAUAUAAACUCUGUGUGACAGGUCAAUGUACACCACUUUUAGCUUGAUGCUAAAAUAAUAUUGACUAUUGGCAACUGAAAUUAACAUUAUUUUGUUAAAUAAACCAACUGUUAGAUGGUUAUGGCAUCAAUAGUUUCUGCAUUGAACACUAUAUAAUGUAAUGUUUAUUUAAAUUUGCUGAUCCCUGCAAAAAUGAAAACUUUAUUUUAAUUAUGCCUUAUUCAAAAGCCACUCAGAGCUGAAACACUCACUGUAACUUAUAGUGUGAAUGGGCGGGGCAACCUUUAGACUUCUCACAAACCUGUUCCUUUUAUCUCUCUCUCUCUCUCACUCUCUCUUAGCUGGUGGCAGUGGGCUGCAGUGUUCUGAUGAACAACAGUAUAAAGAAGAGCAUGUACUAUUCACAACCGAUUUCCUACUACUGACCUGUUGCUGAGAAUCAGGGCAACAUGAUGCCUCCACGCUUCUUCUCUUGCUCUUCUUUCUCCUUUUCUUUCUUCUCUCCCUUUUCCUUUGCAUUUCUUUCCUCUCCUGUCCAGCAGGUUUUUCCACAACCAGUCAAGCUAAAAGUACACAAAGCAGCAUGAUCCCAAUGUGCCAAAAAAUCCAGCUGAGGAGGACUUCAAUGUACAUUACACUUACAUUCCUUCCUGAAGUACACUUGCAUGCUGGUUCUGCGUCUGCAGUUACUCUUAAAAGGGACACAUACUACUUAAAAAGUGUUUAUUUUCAGAAACAUUUUCAAUUCAUUUGUUUGUUUUAAAUUGAUACUUGUGUUUAUUUCUAGUAGCAUGACUGAUUUAAGGUUAAAAAAGCAGAUUUUUGAAUUUCAAAAAUUCAAGGUAAUAUUCUGCUGUUUAAAAACCAUUAGCUUCAGAAAUUGGCUGUUUGUAAGCAACCCAAGAAAUUGAGUUUGGAAUAAAAUGUAUAAAGUGAUGUUUCCUUAAUCAUUCCUUAGGGGAGUCAGUGAGGAGUUCCCAUCACUUAUAUUGCUAUUUUCAUUCAACAUGUCCUCAGCAAGUAUUGGCCACAAUAAUGCUUCAUCAGCUAACUACUCAGUCUUACGAAACCUAAUUUUUUCAUCAAAUACAUACUAGCUAACAAAUUUCUACUGAUGUUUACAACCAGCAGCUCAUUUUUAUAACCUUACAUGCUAAAUGGAUAGAUUUAAUAUCAAAAAAUGUUAUACAGUUUGUUAUAUACAGUUUGUGGUAGUCAUAUUUAUUUCUGUAGCACAUUUAAAAGACAUAUUGGCCAAAGUGCUGCACAAUAAUAUCAACUAAAAUAACAACUACUGGCUUGUCAGAACUGCACAGCACAUCCAACAGGGAAAAUAGCAUGCAUUUAAAAGACAAAUCAAAUGAAAAAAAAAACAAAGUAAUAGAGCUACUGAUGGCAAGACAGAAACAACAUGGGUUUUAAAAUUGGACUUCCUAGUGUCAUC